CCAACAGUCUUUACCAGUUUUGGAACUUUGACACUCUUUUGUCCUUUAGUCAUUCACUCUUUACAUUGAACUAUCUGCGUCUACGAUCUAAUAAUACUACUCGUCUCCGUCUAUAAUAUCCCAGAAACCAUUAUGUUGGCCAAGAUCCUUAGCGCUUUCUUGCUCGUCUCCGCCGUGACAGCUAAGCUUCACGAUAACUGUGCUUGCCACAAUGGCGAUAGUUACAACUGGCGAUUGACUGCCGCUGCAUGCACAGAGUACAACGAUGAAGACUAUGAGUGGGGCGGUGCUACCUACAAUGAGACGUCUGGCCGUUGUGUUCAAGCCACUACUGAAGACAAGAUCGCUGGUGAUGAAUGGGAGGAUGCCUGCAGAAAAAUCGCUGAGGAGGGCUACGACUGCGCCGAUGGAGAAGGCAAAUGCUACGCUAACCCCGAGAAGGUCCGUGGCAGAUGUUAAAGGUUUUAUCUAACACCGGGCGGGGAAUGAUUGAUGGUGAAGAUAUCUGUUUUAAUGUCAGAUCUAAGCUCACAAUCUGGAACAGAC